UUUCUGCAGCCUGUGACAAGACCUCUUUCCACUUUCAGUUGAUUUAAAGAAGUGCACGCAAAUGUUUGUUGAUUUCACUAAAACAAUUUUAUCUUCAAUCCAUAUUGACACCUCUACUGCACUCCAGACACACCCUUUCCCCCAUUUCCACCCCCCUUUUUCUCUUUUUUUUUGGGGGGGGGAGGACAAUGAUACCUCUUCAUUGUUGUGAUUACUUUCCUUAUUAUAGUUACCAAGCAACGAGUACCUAGUUCAGCAUUCAUGGUGCUGUUUCAUGACCUUUUACGCAAGGUUCCUGCUUCAGUUUAUUGUGCUUAUCCUUAAUUCUUCAAAUGAAACAUUUUAAAGAGUCUGCAGGAGAUGGAAAAUGUUAGGUGAUUUCAUAAUUGCACCAGUACGCAUUCAUCCAGAAACCUCCUUUAAUAAUAAAAGUGCACCUAAGCAUAGAAUGUUGCUUCUUGAUUCAUUUGACCCAUGCUACAGAAAUAUCUGCAAUGGUGCAUUGAAAAAUCUUGAUGUCUACAAUAGAGUUGCUGCUCCAAUAGUCAACAAAACAUUGGCUGGUUACAAUGGCACCAUCUUGGUUUACGGACAAACUGGUACAGGCAAGACCUAUACCAUGGAGGGACUACACAGUGACCCAGCACUCAGAGGAAUCAUUCCCAAUUCAUUCAUUCACAUUUUCAGCCAUAUUGCCCAAGCUAAAGAAGAUACCAAGUUUUUGGUGCGAGUUUCAUACUAUGAAAUUUACAAUGAAGAAGUGAGAGAUUUGUUGGGUAAAGAUCAGCGCGUUCGACUUGAAGUAAAGGAGAGACCUGACAUUGGAGUUUUUGUCAAAGAUUUGUCUUCUUAUAUUGUUAAUAACCAUGAGGAUAUGCUACGCAUAAUGACAUUAGGAAACAAGAACCGUGUUGUUGGGGCUACUGCUAUGAAUGUUGAGAGCUCGCGCUCUCAUGCCAUAUAUUCAACCACCAUAGAAUCAACUACUGCUGGUGAAGCAGAGCAGCAUGUCAGAGUUGGACGACUUCAUCUUGUAGAUUUGGCAGGAUCUGAACGUCAAAGCAAGACAGGUGCCACAGGUCAGCGGUUCAAAGAGGCAACAAAGAUUAAUUUAUCACUCUCCACUUUGGGCAAUGUAAUUUCAGCUUUGGUUGAUGGAAAAAGCACUCAUAUACCAUACAGAAAUUCUAAACUUACAAGAUUACUUCAAGAUUCUCUUGGAGGAAAUUCCAAAACUGUGAUGUGUGCAAAUAUAGGGCCAGCUGAUUAUAAUUAUGAUGAAACAAUAAGCACACUUCGUUAUGCCAAUCGCGCCAAAAACAUCAAGAAUCGUGUCCGAGUCAAUGAGGACCCUAAAGAUGCCUUACUUCGUAAAUUUCAGACUGAAAUUGAAACAUUACGCCGUCAACUUGAAGAUCGUGAAGCAAGUAACGUAUCAGAGGGAUCUGAAUCAGAAGCUGAUUCCUCUGAUGGUGAUGAUGAUGUAGAGCGGACAGAGAAGAAGGAACGCAAAAAACGUGGUUCUAGUUCAGGUUUAGGUCAUUAUGUUCCUCUCACUAUGGAUCAAUUAGCUGAUGCAGAGGCUGCUGCUCAGGAUGGCAGAAACCUUGAAGACUGGAAUGAAGAAGAACCACAAGAGACUGAAAUGGAGAAAGAAUUAAAACGUAUUGCAGAACAAGAAGAAGCAGAACUUUGUAAGGCAAGGAGUGAACAGGAAGCUCUUCGAGAAAAACUUCAGAAUCUAGAGAAGAAAAUUCUUGUUGGGGGAGAAAACCUUUUAGAAAAAGCUGAUCUUCAGGGCCAAUUACUUUUAAAGUCUGCUCAGGAAUUGGAGCAAACAAUGUCUCAGGAGCAGCUUCUACAACAAGAACUGCAAAGGAAAGAAGCUGAACGAAUUGAUAUUGAAGAAAGAUAUUCAAGCCUUCAGGAAGAAUGUGCUGGAAAAGGCAAGAAGCUGAGGAAAAUUACAUCAAUGCUACUGUCAGCCAAAUCAGAGUUGGCUGAUUUGGGUCAAGAACACCAGAGAGAAAUGGAAGGAUUAUUGGAUUCUGUUCGCAUGUUAACCAAAGAGCUUGCUCUGCAAGAGUAUAUUCAAAAUAGCUUCAUUCCUCGUGAAUACCAAGACAUGAUUGAGAGGUAUUCUCAUUGGAAUGAAGACAUAGGUGAGUGGCAGCUUAAAUGCGUUGCAUACACAGGAAACAACAUGAGGAAGCAGCUUGCCCUAAAUAGUCAAACAACAACACGUGAGCCCAUCCAACCCGAUAUCUCCAACGUAUUUCUUUCAUAUGGGUCCGACCGCCCAUCCAAUUCUAUCCGUGCAAAGUCAGGAUGCCAACAUGCAGGAUCAUCAAGGCAGUGGCCUCUCAACUGAAUAUUCCAGUUAUACACAAACUUCAUAUUCUGCACACCGCACAGCAUAGUGAUAAUUUCAUUCCAGUAGCAGUGUUAGCUUUCUUGCUCUUGGUCCUCUUUCUGUUACCAUGAUAUUUACUUUGAUAUUGGGCAGUUUUUGCAAUAUGCCUGCUGACAUUGUGAUUUGAGAAGAAACCUGUUUCUUUCAUGAUACUAAUCUAGUCAUUGUUACUCUACCAAUUUUUUUUCUAUACAUUUUAUGUUACAGUAGGUAUUAAGAUUGUACAAAGCUGUCUCACUUCAUAUUGUUUUGUGUGCUUUGAAUAGGAGAUUUUAAUAAAUGAGUGGGUAUGUUCUAAAACAGGAAAAGAACAAAUUGA